AUGCGUUGUUUAAAUGUUAAACACGUUAAAAAUUUAGAAUUUAUCGAUUGUUACUUGUCGAAAUUUGCAGUCGAAAAAUUCGCUUCGAAUUAUGCCAUAGAAAAAAUCGUCAUAAAAUACACCUUAAAAUCCGAAGGUGAAAGGUUGAAACUCGAAGGUGGAAGGUGGAAACUCGAAAGUGAAAGGUUGAAUUUCGAAAGUGCAUCAUUUAUUAAUAUGUCGUCUCUGAAAGACUUAGCAAUUAAAAAUGCUUUGCCAGAAAAACUGUUUCAUGGUCUUCAUAAUCUGAAAACCCUGGAUUUAAGUUACAACCUAAUUGAAAUCGUUCAUCCUUUCGUCUUUCGACAUCUCACUUUAUUGGAACAGUUAAAUUUGAGAGGUAACGAAAUACAAAGUUUACCUGAAGAACUCUUUCGUGGACUGAAUAAUCUGAAAUCCCUCGAUUUAAGAAACAACUUAAUCGAAUCCGUUCAUCCUUUAUUCCUUCAAACUCUAACUUUAUUGGAAGAGUUAAAUUUGGAAGAAAACCCGAUAAAAAGUUAUCCUGAAAACUUGUUGGAAGGUCUUUCGAAUUUAACAAUAUUUUCUAUUUCUGGAAAAUUUUCUAGUGUUGAAUAUUUAUUAUCGAAGAAACCACACAAUGAAACACACUUGCGCUCUGUGUUUUUGAAGGGACUCGUCAAUCUGACAGAAUUUCGCGCUUCUUAUUUUCCUUUACUUCGCAUCGAAAAAGAUUUCUUUUCCCAUUCCAUCAACUUAAGAAAAGUUGUUUUCAGUUUUAACGAUGUGCUGCAUCUUCCAUCCAAUCUGCUCAAAAAUAAUAAAAAUCUGGAAGCUUUUGAAUACAGUUGGAAUAAAUUAUCGACUAUACCAAAUGGUAUUUUCGAUGGACUUUCUAAACUCAAACAAAUCAAUUUACGCAGAAAUCGUCUAGAAAACAUUCCAGAAGAUACUUUCCAAGGUUUGUCGAAUCUGGAAGAACUGGAUUUAUCAUCUAAUCGCUUGACAUUUUUACCUAAUAAUAUUUUUCUUUCAACGAAUAAUAUACGAAUUCUCGAUCUUUCUGAAAACAAUUUCAGUAAAAUUUCUUUCGAAUUCAACAAUAAACUCGAACGACUUGAUUUGAAAAAUGCGGGUUUGACGGAAUGGCCGAAUUUAAAUUGGACAAAAUACAAUUUGACUUAUGUUUAUGCUCCAUUUAACCAUUUCGAAACUGUCAAAUUGCCGAUUUACACUCCGAACCGCAUGAAGAUGGAUUUGGAUUACUGUCAGAUAAAAACCAUUUACAUCGAUGAAUGGAAAUACGGAUUUAAUAGACCCAGUUAUGAAUUAAGUGAAAACCCAAUAACUUGUGAUGGAAAACUUUUGCAUUUCAUCAGCACUGUUCAAUCGAAUUUAGCAAUUUCAUUACAAAUUUUUCCAGAUUUAAAAUACAAGAAAUGUCACGGAGAAGAAAGAAAAUUGCUGGAUUUUACGCGAUUCUACGCCAUUAGAAGCCAUUGUCCAAUGAACUGCGAAUGUUUCUCGACAAACGACGACCUCAAAGUCGAUUGUAAUGGAAAGGGAUUAAAGAAAAUACCCGAAUUUCUGAUCGAAAAUGCGACAAUCGUCGAUUUGAGUAAUAAUUACAUAAAUGAAUUGUCGAUCGUGGAUUAUCGAACGUGGAGCAAAGUCACCCGUCUGCACCUAAGCAACACUUCACUAUUCCAGUUUUCGGAUUAUGUUCUUUUGCCAAAUAUCAAAUUUCUUUGGUUGGACGGAAACCGAUUAACCGAAUUAAAUUCUGGAUUAAUGAAUCUGAUUGACGUUUCUGCAGAAUUUACGGUCUAUUUAUCGAGAAACAAUUGGACUUGUGAUUGCCAUUCGCAAUUUACUAAAGACUGGUUGCUUCGAAACAAAAGGAAAAUUGCAGAUUUUUCGGAAAUUUCAUGCAAAAGAAAUUUGUCUGUUCUUACUUUCACCAGUAUUAUUUAUAAUAAUGAAUGCAUGAAAAUCUCAGAAAAUAAUUUGAUGUCGUUCGUAAAUGUUUCUUUUUCAAAAGGCGCGUGUUUUGACGAAGCUGGUUGUGCUUUUGGAUGGAAAAUCGCAGUUGCUGUUCUUACUUCGCUAAUCUUAUUAUGUUUAAUUAUUGUUGUUUUUGUUUAUUGUAUUAAAAAAAGAAAUGUCGAGAAAGUGGUUGAGCCUAAAGAAGAAGAAGUGAUUUAUUACAAUAUUUACAACUGAAUUUUUAUCAAUUCAAAUGCAUCGAGUUUGAACUCUUUAAUGAAUACAUUUUUACAAAUUGUUGUUGUUCUGCAUUCGCUUUUAUUUGUUUAGUAAUAAAGAAUAUUGUUUAGUAAUUACGUGAUAAAUCAGCGAAUUAAAA